AUGUUCAGAAAUACUUUGGCUAAGGGAAGGUUGAUUCAGGUGAGAUUUCAAUCUUCGAAUAUCUUGAAAAGUGAUAUCAAUAUUACCAGAACUGGGGAUGUCAAAAUUGCAGUUGGUCAUAAUGGUCGUUCUUCAAGAACUGGUUAUACUGCAACUGUUUUCGGUGCUUCAGGGUUCUUGGGACGCUACUUGACUUCAAAAUUAGCCAAGAAUGGUACUAUCACAGUUGUUCCAUUCAGAGAUGAAUUGAAAUCUAAAUUUUUGAAAGUUCCUGGUGAUUUAGGUGUUGUUAAUUUUGUGGAGUUUGAUAUUAGGAAUCUUGAAUCUAUCAACGAAGCUGUUAAGUAUUCGGAUAUUGUCUAUAAUUUAAUUGGUGUUGACUAUGAUACAAGAAAUUUCACUCAAGCAGAUGUAAACAUUGAAGCGGCUAGAAGAAUUGCACAAGCAACAAAAGAUCAUGGUGUUCCAAGAUUAGUUCAUGUUAGUUCCUAUAACGCUGAUCCGACUGCUGAUAAUAUCUUUUUUGCCACAAAAGGUCAUAGUGAAGCUGCUGUACGUGCCAUCUAUCCAGAUGCUACAAUUGUUAGACCAGCCCCAAUGUAUGGUAGAGAAGAUAAAUUAUUAAAUGUUUUAGCUGAAGUUACCUCAUUCUUUACUUUUAACCACAACAGAGAAACUCUUUAUCCUGCUCAUGUAUUGGAUGUUGCAACUGCAUUAGAGAAAAUUGGAUUUGAUGAUUCAACAACUGGUCAAACUUUUGAGUUAUAUGGACAAGAGCAAUUUUCAAUUAAACAAAUUAGAGAUUUGAUUGAACCAGUUACUAGAAGAGACUAUAAGAAUUUAAAUGUUCCAAAAGACUUGGGCUUACUGUUAUCAAAAGUCUUACCAGGUUUCUUAUGGCCAAGUCAAGAUCAAAUCAAUAAGAAAUUUAUUGAUCAAAAUAUCGAUACAACUGCUAAAACUUUCGAUGAUUUAAAGAUUGUACCAGAUAGAUUACAAGACCUUGUUUUCAGAUAUACUCACGACAGAAGAACAUAUUUGCAUGCCCAAGAUUUACCACCUACUGAAAAAGAACUCAGAGAAAAGAGAGAGACUGUGAGUGUUCUUGAUUGA